GGGGCGCGCGGCGGCCUGUUACUUCCUCUUGGAGUGCGAGGGGGAAGUCGUGGCGCAGCUGAUGAUAACAUACGAAUGGUCCGAUUGGCGUGCGUCCAACAUCUGGUGGAUUCAGAGCGUCUACGUGCGCCCCGAGCACCGCCGCAAGGGUCAUUUCCGGGCGCUGUACGGUGCCGUACGGCAAGCUGCCCGUGAGGCUGGAGCUGCGGGUCUGCGGUUGUAUGCGGAUGUGGCCAACGCCCGAGCACAUGCUGCGUACGAGGUUCUGGGCAUGAGGAGCCACUACAAGGUGUACGAGGACAUGUUCACAUCUUACUGAUUACAAGUAGGAAGCGACAACGAAUGGAACGAAAGAGAGUUGGCAAUAUGAAGGAAGGCGGGAAGGGUGUUGUUGAUAUGGUGGAAAUGGAACAUGAGGCUUGAGUCCCCUACUACGUCAAUGAAUGACCGUACAAUGAUUUUCGAAGAGAGAACGCAUGUCGUACUACUAUACCUUAUGUCGUGGCUAGCUGUGCAGCACAUACAUCUGUAGCUACAGAGUGGGAGUGCGGUUCAGCGUAUUCCUGAAGUGAG